GCGCUUUCUGCCUCCGAGCAUCGGACCUAGUUACAGCUCAUGGCAGUACUAGUUUCAUUGUACAGUACCGACACUCUUUGAGACUUAUCCUUUCAUUUACCAAUAUACAAGUUCUGCAUACACAAAAUACAUCACAAAAUACAUCACAAACAGGAGAACAAACAGAUAUGCAUUUCCACGAACCUCCCACCAGGGAGUACUCCUUCAUCCCGAUCAAUAUCAAUACCGCGAGCACGACCGUAACCACCACAAACUCGGCUGAAGAGCAAUCCUGGUAUCAAUCGCAACGACCACUGUACCUCGCCUACGGGUCCAACCUCUCCCCCUCACAAAUGUCCACCCGGUGCAUCCACAAUCCCACCUCGUCGGUGCCUCUCGCCAUUGCCCGCCUUCCCCACUGGCGCUGGCUCAUCUGCGAGCAGGGCUAUGCGAAUGUUCUGCCGCCACCGAACCUGCGCGUCGGACCACAGACGGAGGUACGAGACGAUAAGGUGCCUGUCGCAGGGACGGAGGAUGCGGUGUACGGGGUGCUGUAUGCGAUGGAUGAGAGGGAUGAAAGGCUGCUGGAUGGGUUCGAGGGGGUGGAUAGGGAUGCGCCGGCUGCGGCGCCUAGUGGCAGGGAGGACAACGUGACGGCGGUGCCGCCGCAGAGCGUCAGGCCGCAGGAGCAGGGGCAGGGAGAUUACAAUAAGUGGGUGGUAGAGGCGGAGGUUGUGCAGUGGUUGGAAAAUAAGGUCGGUGCCAGCACUGUACAGGUGUUGGUGUAUGUGGAUGAAUUGAGGGUUAAUUUGGGUCCGCCUAAGGAGGAAUACAUUCCACGGAUGAAUCGCGCCAUUCGAGAGUCGGUCGCUCUGGGACUCCCGGAAAGGUGGGCAGAGGAGGUUAUGAGGCCAUCUAUCCCUCGCGACUGAGUGGGUUUAUCGGACGGGGCAUUCGCUACGACCAAUGGGCGAAAUAUGCUUGUUUACGAAGGCAUUAACUAGCGAUAUACUUGAUUUUGUCGUCAAUGGUAUAGUAUUUUCAUCAGUCUAUAAUUUCAGAGAAAGCGCAGCUCUGUUCGUAACCCGCAGGACAAUCAUCUUCAUAUUUGUGGGAUUUCGCUCCAAUGAGCUAGAAGAUACCAACCUAAAAUUUCAGGUCGGGUCCGAGGACGAGUGGCUUUACGUCCCAACAGGUAG